AUGGACGACUUCGAUAAUAGUCGGCCUGCAGACUGUUCAUCAAGCACCUAUGCGAGCGUUCCAACCGAGGAACCCCAGACGUCUUGUUCAACCCAUCCUGAGAACGCAGCGAAGCUAGGUGAUGAGAAGACCAAUAGAGAUACCAUGUCAUAUAAGCCAUUGCGCAAUCUCGAAGUCCUCUGGCUGUGGAGAUAUGAGUUGCUCGCAAUAACUGUAUCAGUUCUUGCCUUCAUAUCCAUCGUGAUCCUUCUGAAGGUGUCCGAUGGAAAGCCUCAGCCGCAAUUCGCGUAUUCAAUCAACCUUACAACAACUAUUGCUAUUUUUACUACGCUGUUAAGAGCAGCAAUGCUUUACAUUAUAGCUGAAGUUGUCGGGCAACGCAAGUGGAUCUGGAUGGAAAGUCCGCGUCCUCUGCGACACAUUGAACAUUUCGAUAAUGCCGGAAGAGGCCUAUGGGGAUCACUGAAGCUUCUAUUUUUGACUCUCAAGCCAAGGCUCACUAUCCUGAUCUCGCUUAUCGUGAUCACUUCAUAUGCGAUCGGCCCUUUCGUCCAGCAAGGAGUUAAAACGUACCCUUGUGCUAUUAAUGGAAAGGGAAUUGCGAGAAUAUCAAUUGCUGAACGCGUCGUAAGAUCAGACGUCAGAAUUAUGCAGCAAGAAGUCCAUCCUGGCGAUCGUGCUGUCAUCAGAAAUGUCCGGACUGGACCGGAGCUGCAAAUGGUUGCCCUCACUGGUCUGCUAUCCAGCUCUUCCGCUGGCGCUAGCACUGUUAAUCUUUUUCAGUGCGACUCUGGCAAUUGUUCAUUCCCUCUCAGAGGACCAGGGGUUACACACAUUUCACUCGGACUUUGCAGCACUUGCACUGAUGUAAGAUCCAAAGUACUAGAAUCCCGACACAUUUCAAACCUCUCCCACGUGCGUGAGACAGACCGCGAUUAUCGAUUCAACAACGGCUCCGAAUUUGGAAUCAGCACCUUUUUCAAAUCCGGUAUUUUCAACAUGACGACGGAAAGGAUAUGGCCAUACGGAAAGGAGGAAAAAGUCGAAAAUGCCGAGACAUCCAUCCUGUCCUUUACGGCGAAAGGCUGCGGCCGUUCGAAGGAUCGUGCAGGCUUGACCAGAAAAUGCGAGCAUAAUUACGACAACAUGCUGGGUCUUUUCCCAGAGUUCGACAUCGUGGCAGCGAACUGCAGCCUACGUCCGUGUCUUCGCCGCUAUCAUGCCAACGUUUCGAAUGGUGUUUUGAACGAGGAACUAGUCUCUACAUCAUUGAUCAGUCCAGUAAACAUAUCAUAUGUCCAAGCCAACAUAGCCGAUGAAAUAAGGAAAACGCUCGUAUACCGGAAUUUCUCCUACGUCACCAUGGUUGAACCUUGUAUUAUCAACGAUGUAUGGUAUGACUGGUCCAACGUCAGCCAAGCACCAAGAAAUGGCGUAGAGUGGACCUCCUGGGACAUAGGAGACACUCUGUACAAUGCGCCGUCAAAAUGUCUGCUAUCCAUGGACCCUGGAGAGCUCCUCGGAAUCAGAAGAUUUCUUAUCCAGACGCUCAAAGGGUCAUGCAUGAAAGGAACUGGAGGGUCAAACAGGCCAGAUCCCAGCCUUGAGGGCGGCCGGAUAGUCUGCCAAGGGGGCUUCUGGGCUGACGCAUUCUUCAACAGCGGAAACGCCACAUUCGACGACAUCUCCGCCGCCUUUGACAAUAUGGCGACCGCUCUGACGAACCGCAUGCGCGCGAAAGGGCGUGAGUUCCUCACAGAAGCGCGGAGCUUCACGAAUGGGACUGCUGUCGAAAUGUCCAUCUGCAUGCGCGUUGACUGGCCAUGGCUGGUGUAUCCGGGUGUCCUGCUAGUUCUGACAUUGGUUCUCCUUGCGACCACAUACGCACAGAGCUGUCGAGAUAGGGGAAGGCGUCCUAUUUGGAAGUCGUCGAUCCUGCCUCUGCUGUUCUAUGGAGCAGAGACGCAGCAUACUUACCUGGAUACGCAGCGAGGUAGCUUGGAUGCGAGACAGGCUUUGCCUCUGAUGCAACUGGCUGAGCUCGAAGCAAUUGCUGAUGCAACGAAGGCGCGGUUCUGCAGCGGCCGGAAUGUAGCUGGCUUCAUUGUCGACAAAACGUCUCCUGAGGCCGCCUAA